GCGACGAAAGCAGAAGAGGGGCGGGGGUGGGGUUGUGAGCACUGCUCUGUGGUGUUGGGGGUGGCCUGCGAAGGUGUCAUGGCUGCUGCAGCCGAGCUUAGUCGCCCGUGCGUCAGUGACAGAAGCCUGGAGCAGAGCUGCAGCCCCAACCUCUCCCAAGAGGUGCUCUUCGAAAUCUUUCGCUCCCUGCAUACCCUGGCUGGACAACUUAACCUCAGAGAUGAUGUGGUGAAAAUUACAGUCGAUUGGAACAAGCUCCAGAGCCUCUCGGCAUGCCAGCCUGCUUUGCUCUUUAGUGCUCUUGAGCAACACGUUUUAUAUUUACAGCCUUUUUUAGCAAAACUUCAGCCUCUGAUUAAAGAGGAGAAUACAACUGUUGAAGAGACAGGAAAAGCAGAAACAGGGAGCAAGAAUGAAGUAGAUGCCAAAUUUCCCACUGGUGACCUACAGGAGGAAGAAAAGCACAAAGAUUGUGAUUUAGAAGAUGUGAAAAAGACACAGAUCCAUUUUGAUCCAGAAGUAGUUCAAAUAAAGGCUGGAAAAGCAGAAAUUGACAGACGAAUAUCUGCAUUUAUUGAAAGAAAGCAAGCUGAAAUCAAUGAAAACAACGUCAGGGAAUUUUGCAAUGUUAUUGAUUGUAAUCAAGAAAAUAGUUGUGCAAGAACUGAUGCCGUUUUUACCCCUUACCCCGGAUUUAAAAGUCAUGUUAAAGUUUCUAGAGUUGUGAAUACAUAUGGACCACAGACUCGACCUGAAGGAAUUCAAGGGUCAGGUCAUAAACCGAGCAGCAUGCUUCGAGACUGUGGCAAUCAGGCUGUAGAAGAACGGCUACAAAAUAUUGAGGCUCACUUGCGAUUGCAGGCAGGUGGUCCAGUGCCAAGAGACAUUUAUCAGAGAAUUAAAAAACUUGAGGAUAAAAUCCUUGAAUUGGAAGGCAUCUCUCCUGAGUAUUUUCAAUCUGUAAACUUUUCUGGCAAAAGAAGGAAAGUUCAACCACCUCAACAGAACUAUUCACUGGCUGAACUUGAUGAGAAAAUUAGUGCUCUCAAACAAGCCCUGCUUCGAAAAUCAAGAGAAGCAGAAUCCAUGGCAACUCACCACCUCCCAUGAAAAACUCCUUUCUUCCUUGUCAUUUUACUUUAUAUACAUGUGUGUAACUUACACUGCGAUUAGUUAAAUGGAUGCAUAUUUAUUAAUGUAGACACCCCUCUGAAGUCAGGGUUUAUUUUCACAUUAAUCCAGCUUGCAGCAAGUAAUCUUCCAAUAUUCCAGUGAAUUUUGAAGUAGUUAAUGCAUUGAAAAUAGCCUUGUCAGAAUUAAUUUCCUUCUGUUUUAAAGGAGGUAUUUUGGAAAUUAAGAAACUCAAUUUGAAAUUACAUCUUUUUUUGUGUGUGUAUGUCCCACAGAAAGAAGAUUUGUUUUGAAUAGUGAUAUUUAAAAGUGAUAUUUAUAUUUGUAACACUGAUGUUAACCUGUUUAUUAGUUUAAAUCAGUACUUUGUAUAUAAUAGGCAUUCAACAAAAAAUUGACCAAAAUGAAUUUUAAAUGAAUGCAUACUUUUUUUUCAAAUGUCAGUUUUAAUGUAAAUAAACAGUAGAUUCCCCCUUAAUAAGUGACCUUGAGCAGGUUACUUAUUAAUCUCUCUGUGCCUUAAUUUCCAUAUCUGUAAAAUGGGAAAGAUAAUAAUAGAACCUAUGUUUGUCACGAAGAAUAGGUGAAAUCAUGCAUGUACACUUUUGAAACUGGCCCAAGGAAAGUACUCAAUAAA